AGAAUAUCUUAUUAAAUCAAUGAAAAAAUUGAAUGGUUGUAUUUUACGUAUUUCAUCACAAACAACUGCCGAAGGACGUGUGAAUCAAGAAUUGCAAAAAAUUUUUGAAUGUCGCGGCAGAAUCGCGAGAUGAUUGACGAAAAUCAAAAUUCUGUUGGUGCAGAAAAUGUGUACAGAGGUUUAGCUGGCCAAUUUGAUGCUGAGAUAGAAUUUGUAGAAAUGCUUGAUAAUCGGAUGUAUUGCAAUAUUGAAGUUCCUAUGGCAGAAUUACAGCAACAACAUAUUCAACAGGUACAGAAUAUAAACCAAUCGCUACUUUAUGAUUUUCAUCCACAAAACAAGAUAGUGGUUGCAUCUAACUUCAUAGUAAGGAGUGAGGAAUAUAAGCCUGCUGUUACGGAUGCAGGCAAUGAUGUACAAGCUCAUUCUGAUGCUUCCACUGUUGAUGAGCCCAUUAAUGAAGAAGAUGUCGUGCAAGAUGACGCUUAUGCAUAUCUGCAAGGAUUAAAUCACGACAAUGAUGAUUUUUUGUUGCGAAGGAGAGCACCAAAACGCAAAACAAGUAAUAUUUGGACACACUAUAUAGUGCAGGAGGCUGGUAGAGCUAAAUGUAAAUAUUGUAAGUCCUCUCUUUCAACCGCUGGAGGAUCGCAAGGAAAUCUGCAUCGACACAUGAGGACGAAACAUUCCUCGAUAUUGCAAUUAGAGCGAAAAUCAUCACCCUUGCAACAAGAUGUAGUAGAUGUAGAAGAAGCUGCAACUAUGGAUGUUAUAACGACAAUAGCUAGUCCUCCCUCAUCAGUUGGAAGAGAAGAACAAAUCGAUAAUCAGGUUAUAAAAAUGAUUGCCAAAGGACAUCAUUCACUGCGAAUUGUAGAAGAACCUGAGUUUCGUAAAUUGAUUACACAAAUAUCACAUUGUUCUGGAUACGAAUUGCCCACAAGAAAAACAAUAUUACAAAUUCUACUACCUAAGUUGUAUGAAAAUGUAGAACUUCAAUUAAAACAAAAACUUUUAACCACGGAGGCAGUGUGUUUAACAAUAGAUAAUUGGGUAUCCCAAGAUGGACAAAGUUAUAUUGCAGUAAAGGUUCAUUUUAUUAAUUUAUUUACAAAUCUGUGCUCAGGCUUAAUCUUGUGCACAUCAUAUGACGAAACAAAUGCAAUUGAGAGUAUUCAUACUUAUUUGAAGAAAGUAAUAGAUGAUUGGCAAUUAACAAAUAAAGUAGUCGCUAUAGUCACUGAAAAUAGUGCAAAUAUCCUCGCUGCGAUUGAAAAGGGUAAAUGGCAAAAAUUGGAAUGCUUUGCACAUUGCCUUAAUUUGGUAGUUCAAGAAGCUUUGAAAAAAAUUGGGGCAACAAUACAAAGAGUCAAAAAUAUUUUUACAUAUUUUGACAAAAACCCUGAAGCUUGUAAGAAAUUAAAAGAUUAUCAAAAACAAAUUGGUAUAAAUGAAGUCAAAAUUAAACAGGAUGAUACUAUGCGUUGGAACUCUACUUACAAAAUGCUUACUCAUGUUGUGGAAAUAAAAGAAGUUUUGAUUUCAUCUGGUCUUUUGCAAAGAGAACUUAGAUUAUCUCCACAUAAUUGGGAGUUAAUAGAAGAAGUUUUGGCAAUAUUGGAGCCAUUUUAUGAAAUAACUAUUGAAAUAUCUGCCGAAGAGGAUAUAAGUCUUUCGAAAGUAGUUGUAGUUUCCAAUUUAUUACGAACAUUUUUAAGUGAACGUUAUCCAAAGAACGCAGGUGCAUCAGAUUUCUUAAAUUGUUUGUUAGAAGAAAUGCAAAAACAUUUUGAGUCUUUAGAUCACAAUCAUCUUUAUGCUGAGUGCACCAUAUUGGAUCCACGUUUUAAGAAACGUGGUUUUAAAAAUAAAUCAACUUUUGAAAAGGCUGCAAAAGAAAUAAGCAAAAAAAUUGCAUCUUGUGAUUAUGAAUUGCCGACUGAUAAUACAGAUAAUACAGAUAAUACAGACGUGGUAAUGGCGAGCACUUCAAUUUGGAGUAAAUAUGAUGAGACCUAUGUUCAGGUAAAGGGAGAUGAGGAUAAAUCUGUUGCUGCUCGCAAAGAAUUAGACAAGUACAUUAAUGAACAAUAUUUAGAACGUACGAAAGAUCCAUUGGCUUGGUGGGAACAACACAAGAUGCUCUAUCCUCGAUUGUACCAAUUGGUAUUAAAAAGAUUUUGCAUUGUUGCAACAUCAGUACCAUGUAGCAGGAUUUUUCUAAAUAACGAUCGUAUAAUAAGUGAACGAAAAGCUUUUCUUAAGUCUGAUGAGACGUCCGAUUUAGUAUUUUUACAUAAUAAUAUGUAAUAUACAUUAUUAUUGACUAUAAGUUGUCGUAUUUG